AUGGUUCUCUUCUCAAAAUUAGUACUGAGGCAGACCAAUGCUGAGGCUGCAAGCACUUUUGGCGCAUGGAUGGGAACCGUGUAUCUUUUCUCUUUAGGCGGUGCUUUUCUAAGUGAUUCCUACUUGGGGAGAUAUCUAACUUGUGUCAUAUUUCAGGUUGUCUACAUAAUUGGGUUGGUAACUCUAUCCUUCUCAACACAGUUCCUUUUGAUUAAACCGCAUGGUUGUGGGAUAACAGAGAAAUUAUGUGAUCAUCGUGGACAAUCUGAGUUUGCAAUAUUUUAUGUGUCUGUUUACCUGAUUGCACUAGGAAAUGGAGCCCCUGAACCUGCGCUGGCUACAUUUGGAGCAGACCAGUUCGAUGAGGAGGACGCCAAAGAAAAGCAAUCAAAGAGUUCAUUCUACAGCUACUUCUAUGUGGCUUUGAACCUGGGUUCCUUAGUUUCAGAGACAGUGGUCGUUUACAUAAAUCACGUUGGGAACUGGGUAUUGGGAUUUUGGUUAUGUGCUGGUUCAGCCGUGGUUGCAUUUGUGUUGCUUUUGUGUGGGACGUUGAGGUAUAGACACUUCAAGACUUCUUCUGGUAAUCCCUUUUCUAGAUUCUGCCAGGUGAUAGUGGCUUCUUUCAGAAAAAUGCAUCUUGAAUUACCCUCAAACACAGAAGGGCUUUAUGAAGAUCAUGAAAUAGAAGAUGAAAACUGUGGCAUGAGAAAAAUUGUGCACACCAAUGACUUCAAGUUUCUUGAUCGAGCAGCCAUUAUCACCUUUGCAGAAAACAGUGAGGAAAUAAAAGAUAGAUGGUGGCUUUGCAGCAUCACACAGGUUGAAGAAGUGAAAUGCAUACUUCGCUUACUGCCAAUAUGGAUGUGCACCCUCCUGACCUCUGGAAUAUUCAUUCAGAUGUUGUCCCUCUUUGUGGAGCAAGGAGCAGCCAUGGACACAACAGUCUCAAGCUUUCAAGUCCCUCCAGCAAGCUUGACAGCCUUUGACAUUGUUAGCACCUCAGCUUUCAUUUUGUUGUAUGAUAAACUCAUCCUUCCGUUGUAUGUCAAGGUAAUGAAAAGAGAGCCAAGAACUCAAUCUGAGCUAGAAAGAAUUGGAAUAGGCCUGAUCAUUGCAAUACUGGCCAUGAUUUGUGCCGGCUUUGUUGAGCAAUACAGGCUAAAACAUGCUGGUAUUAAAGGUGAAGAGGCAAGCUCGUUAAAUAUAUUGUGGCAGAUACCUCAAUACAUUCUUCUGGGAGUGUCGGAAGCAUUUGUUUAUGUUGCACAAAUGGAAUUUUUUGCAUCACAGUCACCAGACAGAUUGAAGAGCUUGGGAAUUGGUUUGUCAAUGUCGUCAUUUGCAAUAGGCACUUACUUGUGCAGCCUGAUUUUGACCAUAGUAACGGCAGUCACUUCUAGGGAAGGAAAACUGGGCUGGGUUCCUCCCAAUUUAAACGAAGGACAUCUAGACAGAUUUUUCUUUCUAUCAGCAGCACUCACCAUGUUUGACUUGGGUCUUUUUAUUGUGUGCGCUAAACGGUACAAGAGCAUAUCAUUCGACAAUGGAAACAAGAAUGACGAAGUUGAACUGAGCUGAUCAAGCUUGAUGGCUCUCAUGACUCCUGCUUACUUUCCGUGAAUUUAAUAGUCAAAUAUGAUUAGUGAAA